AUGGCCAGGCCUCCCACUCUUGUGAUGGAGGGAAAGAAACCAUGGAGGCCCCGCAGCUUUGGGAGCCUCUUCCACCGGCGAGACUUCUGGACGAGUGCAGCCGCUUCCCAGGAGGUGAUGCUGACCCGUGACCGGUAUCCCGUGCAGAGGCUGCCUUUUGCUGAGGUGUCCGAAGAGGACUUGGCAUUCUUUGAACGUGUCAUCCCUGGAAGGGUCAGCACAGAUCCUCAUGAACUAAAGCUCGCCAAUGUGGACUGGCUCAAAAUGGUCCGAGGCUGCAGUAAGGUGCUGCUGAAGCCCAGGACGACAGAGGAGGUCUCCCAAAUACUCCGGUACUGCAGCGAGAGGAACUUGGCUGUCAAUCCUCAAGGGGGGAACACGGGGAUGGUGGGGGGCAGCGUGCCCGUCUUUGAUGAGAUCGUCCUGUCCACGGCGCUCAUGGACCGAGUCAUCAGCUUUGACGCCGUGUCCGGAAUUCUGGUGUGCCAGGCUGGCUGCAUCCUGGAGCGGCUAAACCAGUACGUAGAGGAGAGAGACUUCAUCAUGCCCCUGGACCUGGGGGCGAAGGGCAGCUGCCACAUCGGCGGAAACGUGGCCACCAAUGCCGGCGGGCUCCGGCUCCUGCGCUACGGCUCUCUGCGUGGGACAGUCCUCGGCCUGGAGGCGGUGCUGGCGGACGGCCUCGUGCUGGACUGCUUGACUUCCCUGCGGAAGGACAACACGGGCUACGACCUCAAGCAGCUCCUCAUCGGCUCCGAGGGCACUCUGGGCGUCAUCACGGCCGUCUCCAUCCUGUGCCCGCGGAAGCCCAGGGCCGUGAACGUGGCCUUCCUCGGUUGUGCGGGCUUCGCUGACGUUCUGAACACCUUCAGCGCCUGCAGGGGAAUGCUGGGAGAGAUCCUGUCUGCGUACGAGUUCAUGGACCACCACUGCAUGCGGCUGGUGGAGAGCCACCUGCGCCUGUCCAGCCCAGUGCGAGAUCAUCCCCGGGCUGUGGGGGUCGCUUUGGGUGCCUCCCGCCCUCGAGGCCUGGGAUGUGGCCACGAGAGAGAUUCAGGGACCGGCUGGCACGAAUGUGAGCGCUCGGGUCGUCCAGGGCUCUCCUCUCCGGGCACCUUCGCCAGGACGCCUGCUGCUCCCUGA